AUGCUGAAUAUCGACUCCGAUGUGAACGCUUCGCAUUCUGAGAGAAAUUUUAGCAGGCAUUUUGUGGAAGAGGUCACUUUUGCCCGUGAGAUAGCUAGAACUCGCCACAAACUGUUCUUGCCGAGAAACCUUGCGCGAGUUUUGGCCCAUCAUCAACGGGUCUGUGAGGCGAAAUUGACGUCUACGGACGCGUCAACGAGCCCGGCGGCAAAAUUCAAGUUGUGCAAUUUUGUUGACGAGCUGGUCGGAGAGACGAUCCCGAGUGCGGCUGGGGCCGGUGCGGCGGGACAUUUGGUGGAAGGCUCGCCGACUUUGCAAGUGCCCCUCGCGCGUUCGAGCGAAGCGCAUUCAAACCCACCAGAAAUGGCGUCCAGCUCGCGCUCCCCGGCAUUAUACCCAGAAGGGGUUGAGAGGAGUUCGCGCCGCAGUAUUCGAGGCCUUCUCGAGAGGGUCUAUGAACGGCCCGAGGCCGAAUUACUCUUGGACUUUGACAGUAUCAGGAAAAAACUCAACUUCAAGACCAACCAUCCGGAUGAGAAUGAGAGGCCGGCAAAGCGCCAAAAACGGGAUGUCGUCAAAUGUCAAUGCCAUCUCACCAUUUGGGACAACCGUGCUGGCCAUGAGGUAGUGUUGACUACCAAGUCGACCUACUGCCGGUUAACCACGACCGAAACCGCGUUGAACGGAUACUUCGUCGACAUAGAGCUGGACAAGUCCUUUGUCAUCCAGGCGGACGACCUGAAAGUUUCAGUCCCAACCAAGGACGGGUCUAUUUUGGGCUUCACCGACAAGUAUUUUCUCGAAAUCAAGAUCAUCCCAUGUCGGAAUGGAAGCUUAUGGCCGCCCAUCCCGCUGCUGGGCAAGAGUGACGGGGACCACUUUGCCCGCGACGCCAGGAAGACAGGGCCGGAAGACUUGCAAGGCGCGGUGGUGGCAAGGUAUACACACCUACCACAGGCUCCCGACCCAGAUGUUCCAUUGAGCGUCUUUUUCCUGCAUGAAGGACGGACAUACCGAACGAAAUACGGUCUUCAGGUGUUAUCUGCCUGGCAGAGGUCUACCGAGCCCAACAAAACGCUGAAGCCUAGGAACAAUGGCUUCGAUCCGGACUCGUUUCGGUCUCCAACACCAAACGGUGCACCGAACGGUGUCGAGCCCACGCCCGCAAUAGACAAUGAUUCAACUGCUGCGAUAGUCAAUCAAACCCAUCACCAACCGCAAAUAUGUUAUCACUUUUCUAUCGAACUCGCGGCCCAAAUCGCCCCCAAACCCCGCAUUAUGACUGUCAGCGGCUAUCAGUGUACAAUGUGCACCUGGAAGACGUCGAAGCUACAAAACCUGCAAUUUCAUCUGACGACAAUGCACUCCAAACUCAGUUUCACUGUGCAAAGGCCACGACGAGACCAUGUGAGCAAUGAAUUGAGCCAUAUCCAGAUCAAUGUGAACUGGGCCACUCCACCCGAGAAGCAGGGAGGAGACACAAAAGCCAUUGCAUGGCAAGCGCCCGCCCACCCCUGCGACCGGACGGAUUGCCUCGAAGGCCAUCACAGCUGCGCGAGCGAGGAGAAUGACACAAGAAGUGCGGUCGCGAAACCUCCAGCGCCUCCUUUAGCGAGUGUCAAGAAAUCUACUUCGGGGUUCCUCCCAGCCGAGGAUGUGCCCGAUUUCCGCGAACCAGAGCGUAACAGAUACCGAGCAAUCCGACUCGAGUCCAAAUAUGAAGAGGCGGUGCCGGUGUACACAUCCGUCAGUCAUCGACCCGUGUCUCCAAGCGAGGACCCUCGCAGUGAAACCGAUGAUGAAAUCGACAGUGUGUGGCAGAUUGAUCUACACAUGGAACGACUCGACUUGGCGGCCAAACGUGAAGGCUGGAGUGAUUACGAGCGCGAACUUCGGAAACGUUGGGACAAGCAUCGAAUGGAAGAACAGCUGGAACAUUCCAGGUAUCUGUCCAACAGUCUGAUUCGGUUCGUACGCAAACAUCGAAGCUGGAUUAGAAAGGGGGAUGACGAAUUGCUCGUGGUGUUUUUCGAGUUCCUGGAAGACCUCAAGGACAGUGGUGUCAUUGACGACGAUGUUGUCUCGGACGUAAAUGAGCUGGUUUUUCAAUUUCAAGAGUCACCGGGAGCCAGUCCGGCUGUGGAUCCACCUUCGAGGACCAGUUCGGCGAUGGAAUCUUUUACUAUGACAACCAGGGGCCGCCAUCGACGUGAAGUAGAAUCCCAGGCGCCGAGGAAUGCGAGACCGCAAAGUGAACCCGCCUCAAACCACACGCCUAGGUCGGGUCAGUCCUCAGCAGCGAUCAAGAAUCGAGACUUUAUUUGUGGGCACUGCGCAAAGCUGAUCAUAAAGCCGAUGCAGAAUACGGUCUUGUGUGCAGACCCGGAAUGUCAGACACCCACUGUGAUGUUUCAUCGAAAAUGUGCCCGGCUGCACCUUGGAUUCGAUGUCUUCCGCGGACAGUCGCUGGAGCAGAUCAAAGGCAAGAAGCCCAUGGUCGCCAUGGGCCCAACUGCUAGUCCGAAUACACCUAGCGGCAAGUCGAAGCCAAAACUUGAUUUCCCUGUCAAUACCUGGCGCUGUCCGAACUGUGCCAAAAAACAAAAGGCCGUGGCGAGGGAGGAUCUUGUCGUCUCCCCUGCGAUGAGGUCUCGUGACCGCGGGACUGCGAAAUGA